AUGGCGUUGCCAAACUCCGACUCUCAGGCGGCAGCGGCGGUGGAGUGUACGGCGGAGGUCAAGUGUGUGAAAUGCUAUUCCUGCGGAUUUACAGAGGAUUGCACCCCUGCUUACAUUUCUCGAGUUCGUGAUCGCUUCCAUGGGCGGUGGAUCUGUGGGCUCUGCAUCGAGGCGGUGAAAGACGAAGUUGUGAGGUCGGGGACGCUUAUCUCCACCGAAGAAGCGCUGAGCCGACACGCGAGUUUCUGCAGAGAGUUCAGAUCGACGAACCCCCUGGAUGAAACAGAGCACCCCAUCUCCGCCAUGGGGCGACUACUACGGCGGAGGUUGGAUUCUCCCAGAGUGCUCCGGUCGAAUUCUAGCCGUGUAAUCAAACUCAAACCGAUUGUCGACAUCGGUGGUCCGGCCAGACUCCAACGUUCCGGGAGUUGCUUUCCUUCCUUGUCUAGUUAA